AUGUCUUUUAGUCCGUUGCCCCUGGUACGGCUCCCGGAACCUUACAAGACAACUUAUGAGUUGCACGUCGUAUCAACCGAGCAGAAUAUCCGCAAGUUUCAGCUGCUGAGAUCUCCUCGGAGAGAUGAAGGCAUACCACCCCCGAAACUGUUGGACCAUGCGUCGCUGAGGUUCACAGACCUGGCGUCUCCUGAUCCUUCUUCCACACCGGAUGAGGGAAACAACUCACCCUGGGCACGCGCACAGAGAAGUCCAGUUACCCAUAUCACAUGGGCAGGCUCGGAGACGCCCACAGUGGGCCAAAUCUGGAACGUGGUAUAUGCCAUCGAGACCCUGCGCAGCGAGUUCGAGAUAUUCCGUGUGGUACUGUCUGGCGAUGGGAGCGAGAUACUUGCACGCGAGUUACAGGGCGUGGGCUUGGCUAUCGCGCAUCCCGAACCAUCUGCUGCGCCAGGAAAGCCCAUCCCAAUCACAACGGGCCAUCUCGGACAGCUGGUCUUUUCCCGCAGCAACUUCUGGCAAGGGGCUGGCUCACCCUUUGGUACCCGUCCAGCUUGGGUGUCUGACCCGGGAAUCUACAGCUAUAUGCGUAAGCCAUUGAGCAACUACCCUUCCCGACCACGUCAACACACAGUCACCACUGGCUUCCCCGAGCGCCGAGUACAUGCCCUUCAUCCCGUCCGACCACCUAAGCCAGCCCCUGGCUCUCGCAUCUACAGCCGCUACAUUCCACACUUGGACGAGUUUUUCUCGGUCUACGCGCUAGACUACACAAACGAUGAACACUUGAGGCUAUUCAAUAAGUGGCAAAAUGAUCCUCGGGUGGCUCAGGGGUGGAAUGAAACUGGUACUUUGGACCAACAUCGUGAAUACUUGCGCAAAAUUCAUGAGGAUCCGCACCAGAUCGCUGUGUUGGCCAAGUUCAAUGACACUUUCUUCUCCUAUCAUGAGAUAUACUGGACAAAGGAGGAUCAUCUUGGUGCGUACUACGAUGCUGGUGAUUGGGACAGGGGCCGCCAUUCGCUAGUCGGCGAUGAGCGUUUCCGGGGUCCCCACCGCACAAUUGUGUGGUGGUCUGGCUUAAUGCAUUACAUCUUCCUGGAUGAUCCACGAACGGAGUUUGUGACUGGAGAGCCAAAAUACUCGAAUCUCGCCCCCUUGACCUAUGACCACGCCACCGGCAUGAACAUGGCCAAGAUAGUUGAUCUGCCACAUAAACGGUCCGCGCUCAUCAUUGGUAGUAGGGAGAAGUUUUUCCAUGUAGCACCCCUACGAUUUGAUGGGUCUGACACUCUUGAUCGCAAUCCAUUCCGCUCGUUGAAGUUGUGA